AUGGCCGCUCAUAAAUAUCCCGAGAAAGCGAAUAUUGGAGAGGCCAUUCUGGAUACGUUGAAAGCACUAAUGAUGUUUUUGGAUCGAGACUCACUUGAGCAAUUGCCGCUUCUUCUUGCCAGUCAUAUUGGUAUUGUUCACUUACUCGCCGACGUAGUUCUACCAUUCGCGAUAGCCGAAGAUACAUUCAUCAAACUUUCAGUACCUGGUGUUCUUAUGCUCGUGAUCGCCAAAGGAACCUCUGAAUCUCGAGUGGCCGCUGCCAAUCUACUGCUGCAUUACUGGCCCUUCCCCAAUCCCUACAUUAUCCACAGGAAAACAAUACAGUACAAACCUGGCAACGAAUUACUUGCCAAUCCACAACUUGUUCCGAAAAAGGACCAAGGUUUGUUCUAA